CGCUCGAGUAUAACCCCCUCAAGCCUCUGGCGGUCACACAGACGCAAGUGUAAAAGUAGCAGCUCCAACUGUUGCCCGGACUAACCCGUUCAGCAUCCACACAGGCUGACACACAGAGCAGUGAGACGGCUCACCGAGCACGAAGCGGAAAAGUGAGCGCAGAGGUGGAACAUUUACGCACAGCUCUUUUUUUUAGUCUGGAUUGUUUGGCGCGUCUUUAAAGCCCACUUUUAAUCUUUUUGGACAUUUUUCUGCACCUCUUGGAAUUUUUUUUAGCCAUUUCAGCACUUAAAUGGUAGCUCUGAGUAUGAUUUCCUCGCACCUGUUCCUGUUGAUGUUCAACUGUUUCCUGGGUGCUGCAUCAGUUAGGAUCAUAAAAGGGAGCGCACAGGAUGGCAGCUUCCUCCAGCACUCUUCCGAUCCGUUCUCAGAUGACCUGGAACAGGACAUGGUCUCCCAGCACAUGUCCAAACUGUACGAGAAGUACAACAGGGAAAACCGCCUUAGAGAGGGCAACACUGUGAGGAGUUUCAGAGCCAGCCAAGACUCUUCUGACCACAGGACGGUGUACAGACUCAACCUUACAACCCUCCAGGACUCAGAGGUCAUCCUCUCUGCCACAUUCCACUUCCUACUCGAUCGGCGCCCUCAUCAAAAACCCUGGUUCUGUAAACGCUUCAAAAGCCCAUCCUGUCGUGGCUCAGCCGUCCACCCUUCUCCGUCCAUCAGCCUGCUCCUUCGCUCUGUCUCCUCCAGGUCAGAGGUCAGAUCUGGGUCAAUGGGGUCACUUCUAGGCAAUGUGACCUUCCACCCCCACAGGAGAGGGGUGUGGCAGAUGAAAGAUGUGACCCAGGUCAUAAAGGAGGCACGGGACAAGGGUCAUCUCCUGGUUUCAGUGGAGUUGGUCUUAGAGCAGCAGUACCAGAGGAAAUCAGAGGGGGCACUGUCAGGUGGCAGCCUGCCCUACCUGUUGAUGUAUGCUAAUGACCAAGUCUUGGCAGAGCCCAACAGCGUGGCUGCUAGCCUUCAGAGAUAUGACCCGUUCAACGAUGGAGGAGAGGCCUCACAUUCCUCUCACAGACCAAACUCAUCACCAGAGUCAAAAGGACGUGAGAGAAGGGAAGCAACUCUGCUCUCUGACCCCAUUCAGAACAAUGAGCUGCCCGAGGUUCACUACAGGCCUGAUGGGUACAGGAAGGAUGAGCUUUGGGAGAGCACUUGGUACCUGGCACUCAAACCGAAAUCAGGAAAGAAGGAAAAGAAAAGAAAGAGCCAGGACGAAGAAGGAGUGGAGCAAGGUAGAGGAGCACAUCAUAAAGAAGAAACUCAAAUUCACAAAGAAGAAGAAAGAACAUUGCAGGGGCUCAAUCCUGAUGAAUCAACAGAGAAAAAAGUCAAAGACAGUCGCAUGCCGGCUACCGGUGACGGGCGCAAGCCUGAGUGGAGAAAUGACGGAAAGGAUGGAAAAAAGCACAAGGGGAGCGUUAACUCUCAGUCACCUCUUCUCAGUUUUGAUGAGCAAACGAUGCGUAAGGCCAGGAGGAGGCAGUGGGCGGACACCCAGCAGAGAGGCUGUUCUCGAAGGAACCUUAGAGUGGACUUUGCAGACAUUGGCUGGAGCGAGUGGGUCAUAGCACCCAAGGCCUUUGAUGCCUAUUACUGCGCUGGCACAUGCGGAUUCCCCAUGCCUAAGGUGGCGAGGCCAUCUAACCACGCCACCAUCCAGAGCAUAGUCCGUGCCGUUGGGAUCAUCCCUGGAGUUCCUGAGCCCUGCUGUGUCCCAGAAAAGAUGAGUCCUCUGGCUGUGCUCUACCAGGAUGAAUCCAGUAACCCAGUGCUCAAAAUUUACCCCAACAUGUCAGUCCAGUCCUGCUCCUGCAGAUAG